CAGCAAAGCCACCACGAUUCCACCACGACCGCCGAGGUUCCUGCAACGCUUCUUGCCUUUGAACUCUCACCUCAAAGCCUUUUCAUUCAUCUUUUGACAAGCAACCGAAAUGUCUGCCCCCUCAGCCGCUGCCCAAGUCGGGGCCACGAUCCCCAACACGACGUUCGCUGAGGUCCCGUACACCCCGGAGCUCGACGACGCUGCUGCCUGCGGGAUCCCUUCGCAGGGCAAGACGCAUGAUCUCUUCAAGGGAAAGAAGGCCGUAAUCAUCGCCGUCCCCGGUGCCUUUACGCCUACUUGCCACGUCAAGCACAUUCCUGAUAUUGUCAAGUCGGCUCAGAAGUACCAGAACAAAGGCUAUGUAGUCUACGUCAUCGCUCAGAACGACCCAUUUGUCCUCUCCGCCUGGGGUCGCACCAACGGGGCCAAGGGGGAGGUCCACUUCGCCACGGACGUCGAUAUUGCCUUCUCCAAGGCUCUCGGCGCCACGAUUGACAUGUCCUCCAAGGGAUUCGGCAUCCGCACUGGUCGCUACUUGCUCGUCGCUGACGACCUCAAGAUCACGCACUUUGCGGCUGAGAAUGGGCCUGGCGAGGUCGAGGUCAGCGGGGCCAAGAGCAUUGAUGCUGUCCUCUAAGGGCAACGAAGAUGGAUCGAUCUAGACGCUAGAUGCUAGGCAGACGCACGCAUGCUGUUCAGUUGCUUUAAUCAAUGCUGAGCCUAUGAAUUAGAUGAGGCGAUAUGUGACAAAGAGU